AGAUGUUACUGAUCACCACCAACCCCUAUGACUUUCAGUAUGUGAGUCAAGGGGAGAUCACAGUUCCCAGCAUUAACGACCAGGAGGAGCUGAUGGCCACGGACAGUGCCAUUGACAUCCUGGGCUUCAGUGCUGAUGAGAAACCAGCCAUCUACAAGCUGACAGGGGCUGUCAUGCACUAUGGGAACCUGAAGUUCAAGCAGAAGCAACGAGAGGAGCAGGCAGAGCCUGAUGGCACAGAAGUUGCUGACAAGGCAGCCUACCUGAUGGGGCUGAACUCAGCAGACCUGCUCAAGGCUCUCUGCUACCCCCGAGUCAAGGUGGGGAAUGAAUAUGUCACCAAGGGUCAAACUGUGCAGCAGGUGUACAAUUCCGUGGGUGCCCUGGCAAAGUCUGUGUUUGAGAAGAUGUUCCUGUGGAUGGUUGUUCGCAUCAACCAACAGCUGGAUACCAAGCAGCCCAGGCAGUACUUCAUUGGUGUGCUGGACAUUGCUGGCUUCGAGAUCUUUGAUUUCAACAGCCUGGAGCAGCUGUGCAUCAACUUCACCAACGAGAAACUGCAACAGUUCUUCAACCACCACAUGUUCGUGCUGGAGCAGGAGGAGUACAAGAAGGAGGGGAUUGAAUGGGAGUUCAUUGACUUUGGGAUGGACCUGGCUGCCUGCAUCGAGCUCAUUGAGAAGCCCAUGGGCAUCUUCUCCAUCCUGGAAGAGGAGUGCAUGUUCCCCAAGGCAACUGACACCUCUUUCAAGAACAAGCUCUAUGACCAGCACCUGGGCAAGUCCAACAACUUCCAGAAGCCCAAACCUGGCAAGGGCAAAGCUGAGGCUCACUUCUCCCUGGUGCACUAUGCUGGCACAGUGGACUACAACAUCUCUGGGUGGCUGGAGAAGAACAAGGACCCUCUGAAUGAAACUGUUGUGGGGCUGUAUCAAAAAUCCUCCCUGAAGACAUUGGCCUUACUCUUCGCCUCUGUUGGUGGGGCAGAAGCAGAGAGUGGUGGUGGUGGCAAGAAGGGUGGCAAGAAGAAGGGUUCAUCUUUCCAGACUGUCUCAGCUCUUUUCCGGGAAAAUCUGAACAAGUUGAUGAGCAACCUGCGCAGCACUCACCCCCAUUUUGUGCGCUGCCUGAUUCCCAAUGAAACAAAAACACCUGGUGCCAUGGAGCACGAGCUGGUGCUGCACCAGCUGCGCUGUAACGGGGUGCUGGAAGGGAUCAGGAUCUGCAGGAAAGGAUUCCCCAGCAGAAUACUCUACGCUGAUUUUAAGCAGAGAUACAAGGUGCUCAAUGCCAGUGCCAUCCCAGAGGGACAGUUCAUCGACAGCAAGAAGGCUUCUGAGAAGCUCCUUGGCUCAAUCGAUGUGGAUCACACCCAGUACAAAUUUGGACACACCAAGGUGUUCUUCAAAGCUGGGCUGCUGGGGCUGCUGGAGGAGAUGAGGGAUGAGAAGCUGGCACAGCUCAUCACCCGCACUCAGGCCAUGUGCAGGGGUUACCUGAUGAGAGUGGAGUUCAAGAAAAUGAUGGAGAGGAGGGAGUCCAUUUUCUGCAUCCAGUACAACGUUCGCUCAUUCAUGAACGUCAAGCACUGGCCAUGGAUGAAGCUGUUCUUCAAGAUCAAGCCCUUGCUGAAGAGUGCAGAGUCUGAGAAGGAGAUGGCCAACAUGAAGGAAGAGUUUGAGAAAACCAAGGAAGAACUUGCAAAGUCUGAGGCAAAGAGGAAGGAGCUGGAGGAGAAAAUGGCUUCUCUAAUGCAGGAGAAGAAUGACCUUCAGCUCCAAGUACAGGCUGAAGCUGAUGGUUUGGCUGAUGCUGAGGAAAGGUGUGACCAGCUCAUCAAAACCAAGAUCCAACUGGAAGCCAAAAUUAAGGAACUGACAGAGAGAGCGGAAGAUGAAGAAGAGAUGAAUGCUGAGCUGACAGCCAAGAAGAGAAAACUGGAGGAUGAAUGCUCAGAGCUGAAGAAAGAUAUUGAUGACCUUGAGCUAACACUGGCCAAGGUUGAGAAGGAAAAACAUGCCACCGAAAACAAGGUAUGA